CUUCCUGAACGUGCUGAUGAACUGUCAGUGGCAGAGUCUGUGGUGUCGGGUGGAGGCCGGGGUUCUGAAGAUGUAUCGGGACGAGGCGUCAGAAGAGACCCCUCAAUACACGGUUCAGCUCAGAGGGAGUGAGGUGCGACCCGGCCCGGAUACAGCACAUGCUUACCGCAUUACCAUCACACAGCACGGGGACCAGAUGGCUGUACUAGAGGCGAGUUGUGCAGAUGAUAAAGAGCAGUGGGUUCAGCUCCUGCAGGAUGGGAGUUCUCCAUAUCAACACACCAGCCACGAGUCACUGAGUGGUCUGAAAAGCCGCAGGUGUCCCACCUCAAACAUGUACAUGGAUGACCCCUUUCAGCAGCUGUGUGGUCCAUCAGUCCACUUGCAGCCCAUCUAUUCAAACUCCUCUAUACUGGAGCACAUGUUUGAGAAACCCUACACUGGUGGAAACGGAGAAUUGGUGUCAUCCAAGGAUUUUGCCAGCCACAGCAAUAAUGAAAUCUUCAGCAACCACAGUUCAAAACUGUAUGAGAUUGAGAGGGGUGUGCAGAACCUGGACCUGACAGGAAAGAGACGCGUGCCGUUGCGAGCGGGGUCAGAGGUCAACCUCGUGAGCGUGGGGACGAAGCCAGCCAAACGGUAUUCCUUCAGACGCUCCCUCGCUUUCUGCACUGAGCGAGCACAGGGGGGCUUUCUGACCCCACUCUUGAGAAGAACUGCCUCGGCAAAAAACACCCUAAAGAAAGCUCCAUCUGCCCUGUUUAUGGAGCAUGGCAGGGUCUUCCAGAGGAGGAAGGAGUGGGAAACCAAAGCUUCAGGUUGACAUCAAGAGAAGACUCUCCCACAUUCCCCUCAUAUUGUCAAUAUAAUAUUGCACUGAAAAUAAUAUUCUUUCCAAGCAUGUGGAUCAUGCAGUGAUUUAGAUUUGUAAAGUUUUUUGUUCUUUUGUGGGGGGUUCUUGGUACGUUUAAGAAAAGAACCGAUCACACAAACUCUUUAUCAGCAUAUUCUGUCCGUAGGCAAACAUUCAUCUUCACACACAGGGUUGCAAGAUUGUUAGGGAGCAACUGCAAAACAUUUUACAUUUGUAAAUGUCUAUUGAGAUGAUGCUGAUGUACAUUUCUUUAGAAAUUAAACUCUAUGUCUAGAGAGUGGCACAUUUAAAUGAAGUGGAGUUUUAUGUUUAUCAUCAUAGCACAGUAUAAUCCUUAUGUAAAUCACUUUGCACUGUUUUGAACCCGUCCUAAACUGUGUUUGCGGUUUUCAGGAAGGCGUUGUCAUGGUCAAAAUCAGGAAUCGUCAGUGUGAAGAUCAGUAACUGAUCAUUGAUUGUUGAAAAGUAAUUACCUCUUUCUUUUUUUUUAUUUUCACAAGACUCACAAAUCUGUGGUAAUUUAUCAAUUUAUACUUUUUUUAUUCCAAUGCACAUGCAGUAUAUUAAGUGUUGAGCUUUUCUAAUGAUGUGCCUUAACCGUAUUUUUGUAUCCAUGUUUUUAUGAAGCAUUGAUUUGUCUUUACAGCUGAAGAGAUUUUGCUGGUAUUGAUCCCACUCACUUCAGGAAGCUUUUUCUGUAUAGUUUGGUAGCUUGGUUAAGACAAGGAUGGCCUAAUAUUGCUGUACAAAAGAUAACUGUGGAGAACAACCACCACUGAUGAACAUAUUUGUACAAUAAAUAAAGUACU